AUGUUGCCUUCUCAAGGAGUCCUCCUGCAUCCCUAUGGCGUGCCUAUGAUUGUUCCAGCAGCCCCCUACUUCCCCGGACUGAUCCAGGGUAAUCAGGAAGCAGCAGCGGCCCCGGACACAAUGGCUCAGCCUUACGCUUCGGCCCAGUUUGCUCCCCCUCAGAACGGCAUCCCCGCGGAAUACACGGCCCCUCAUCCCCACCCCGCGCCAGAGUACACGGGCCAGACGACCGUCCCCGAGCACACGUUAAACCUGUACCCUCCCGCCCAGACGCACUCGGAGCAGAGCGCAGCGGACACCAGCGCGCAGACCGUGUCGGGCACCGCCACACAGACAGAUGACGCGGCACCAACGGAUGGCCAGCCCCAGACACAACCUUCUGAAAACACAGAAAACAAGUCCCAGCCCAAGCGGCUGCAUGUCUCCAACAUCCCCUUCAGGUUCCGGGAUCCGGACCUCCGACAAAUGUUUGGCCAAUUUGGUAAAAUCUUAGAUGUUGAAAUUAUUUUUAAUGAGCGGGGCUCAAAGGGAUUUGGUUUCGUAACUUUCGAAAAUAGUGCCGAUGCGGACAGGGCGAGGGAGAAAUUACACGGCACCGUGGUAGAGGGCCGUAAAAUCGAGGUAAAUAAUGCCACAGCACGUGUAAUGACAAAUAAAAAGACUGUCAACCCUUAUACAAACGGCUGGAAAUUGAAUCCAGUUGUGGGUGCGGUCUACAGCCCCGAAUUCUAUGCAGGCACGGUGCUGUUAUGCCAGGCAAACCAGGAGGGAUCUUCCAUGUACAGUGCCCCCAGUUCACUUGUAUAUACUUCCGCAAUGCCCGGCUUCCCGUAUCCAGCCGCCACCGCCGCGGCCGCCUACCGAGGGGCGCACCUACGAGGCCGCGGCCGCACCGUGUACAACACCUUCCGGGCGGCGGCGCCCCCGCCCCCGAUCCCGGCCUACGGCGGAGUAGUGUAUCAAGAGCCUGUGUAUGGCAAUAAAUUGCUGCAGGGUGGUUAUGCUGCAUACCGCUACGCCCAGCCAACCCCUGCCACUGCCACUGCCUACAGUGACAGUUACGGACGAGUUUAUGCUGCCGACCCCUACCACCACACACUUGCUCCAGCCCCCACCUACAGCGUUGGUGCCAUGAAUGCUUUUGCACCCUUGACUGAUGCCAAGACUAGGAGCCAUGCUGAUGAUGUGGGUCUCGUUCUUUCUUCAUUGCAGGCUAGUAUAUACCGAGGGGGAUACAACCGUUUUGCUCCAUACUAA